AUGUUUAGACUAUUUGUACCAAGAAGAUUUCCUAUUGUUCGAUUUUACUCAGUAAUGCAAGAGCCACUUAUUAAAAAGACCAAACUGGACAUAAUGGAACUGUUUGCUAAGCAAACGUCACAAAUACCGAUACCGAAGAAGCCAUUGGUGUGGGUUGAUUGUGAGAUGACUGGAUUGGAUGUGUUUGGUGAUGAUAAUAUUAUAGAAAUUUGUUGUAUUAUCACUAACGAAGAUCUUGAUAUUGUUGAUGAAAAAGGGUACGAAAGUACUAUCUAUUAUCCAAAAUCUAGGUUGGACAAAAUGAAUGAAUGGUGUAUUGAAACCCAUGGCAAAUCAGGAUUGACAGAGAAGAUAUUAGCCAACCCUGAUAGAAAACUUUCUGCUGUAGAGGAUGAAUUAUUGCAAUAUAUAAAAAAAUACGUCCCGGAGAUAAGAACUGGUUUAUUGGCAGGAAAUUCUGUUCAUAUGGAUAGAUUUUUUAUGAUGAAAGAGUUCCCAAAAGUUAUUGACCAUUUGCAUUACAGAAAUGUUGAUGUGUCUAGUAUAAUGGAAUUUGGAUAUAGACAUAAUCCUAAAUUAAUGAAAAUGUCUCCAAAGAAGACUGGGGCCCACACAGCAAAAUCAGAUAUCUUAGAAAGCAUUGAACAAUUAAAAUGGUACAGAAAGUACUAUUUCAAGCUGGAAGAAGAGACAAAAGAAACGGUUGAAAGGUUGUCACUGGAAUUACCAGAAGAAGUAUCUGAAGAUGCCAAUAGUGAGACUAAUAAGGAAUAA